GCAGUGAGUAGUCGCCGCCGCCGCGAGACACGCACACAACAAACGCACAUUGAAACCAUUCAACACAAGAAGAGCGCGAGGAAGAGGGGAAGUAAAAAAAGAGAUAAAAGAGAUAGAGUGGAAGAGAGAGAAAGUGAGUAAGUGAGGGAGAAAGAGAGAGAGAAAGAAGAAGGGAGAACUCGAUUUUUUGCUGCUCCCUGCAUUCUAUACUGCGCACUAACACACGUAUAUACUAAAAACACACCUAUCGUCGAGAGCUGUAAAUUCACUGUGGUGAAUUCGUGUUUGCUGCUACUCCAAAGCGUCAACUUUUUUUUUAAUCAUCCUGGCAAAAGUGCUCCCGUGUGUAGUCUCUCUUCAAUGUGUUACUGCUAACUAACAAUUAUUUACACAUAUGUAUAUAAACAAAAACAAUUUUUCAUUUCCCCGUCGUACAUAUAAAUAAAAAAUAUAUAAUUGCGUGGAGCUUUCUUCGAUUCGAAAAUCCCGAGAAUAAUGGGUGUUGGUCUAAAACCUCUGGAAUUUACCGAUUGCUUGACGGACAGUCCAUACUUUCGUGAAAACCUUCAUUAUCAUGAGCGUGAAUUGGAGAAAACGAGCCAACAGAUCAAGCGUCUCAUCAAAGAGGUCAAGGAUUUGCUAAACGCUGCUAAAAAUCUGUCUCAAGCCCAGAGAGCGUUCUCCAAAACACUCCAAAACUUUAGCUUUGAAUGUAUCGGGGAGACUCAGACCGAGGACGAGUUACACAUAUCGCAGAGUCUUAAAGAGUUUGGUAAACUCAUUGCAUCCAUUGAAGAUGAGAGAGAUCGCAUGCUUGAGCGUGCUUACGACCAAAUUAUUCUACCGCUAGAUACUUUUAGGAAAGAAAAAAUCGGAGGAGUUAAAGAGGGCAAAAAGAAAUUUGAGAAACAGACGGUCAAAUUUUGUCAAAGUCAAGAACGUAUUCUUAAUCUGUCAACCAAGAAACAGGACAAUGUUCUUCAAGAAGCUGACGCGACUCUGGAUAUGGCUGAGCGACAUUUUUGUCAAGCCAGCCUAGAAUAUGUAUUUCUUCUGCAAGAGGUACAGGAACGUAAAAAGUUUGAAUUUGUUGAGACGCUAUUGGGAUUUAUGUUCGGCUGGCUAACGUUUUAUCAUCAGGGUCACGAAGUUGCAAAGGACUUCAAACCGUAUAUGACGGAAUUGCAAUUGAAAAUACAAAAGACUAGGGAGAAUUUCCUUGCCACCAGGGAUAAAACUGAAUCGCUUAUGAAUAAAAUGAAGGACAUGAAGAAGUCUGCAGUCGAAACUGGACUAAGCAAAUUGAAUUCGCGGGAGGGAUAUUUGUUUCUCAUGGAAAAGAAGGCUUUUGGCACAACAUGGACGAAGCAUUAUUGUACAUAUCAAAAAGAAAAGAAGGAAUUUACAAUGAUUCCGUAUAAUCAAUUGACUGGAAAAUUCAGUAGCAAGGAGACUCUUACGUUAUCGUCAUGUGUACGUCGAAUGUCUGACACGAUUGAAAAAAGAUUUUGCUUCGACAUCACAGCAGUUGACAAGCCGGGUGUAACUUUUACGUUCCAAGCAUUGUCGGAAGAGGACCGGAAACUUUGGAUGGAUGCCAUGGACGGGAAAGAGCCGACUUACGCUCUACAGGGUACAUCUAUCAAGCCCGAAGAGACUAUUCUCGAUGAAACUGGCUUUUCGUUCGUUUCAAGAUGCAUUACAGCUCUUGAAGAUCGAGGUCUUGAGGAACAAGGUCUUUACCGUGUAGUGGGUGUCGCGUCAAAAGUCGACAAACUUCGAGCGAUGGGACUAGACCGAAGGAAACUCGACAAAAUCAAUCUGGACGAUAUAUUCCAAUGGGAGAGCAAAACUAUCACAAGCGCGUUGAAAACUUACCUGAGAACGUUAUCCGAGCCUAUUAUGACUUUUCAGUACUAUAACAGCUUCAUAAAUGCAGCUAAGCAGGAAUCGCGUGAAGCGAGGAUCAAUGACAUUCACGCGUUGGUUUAUCGCCUGCCCAAACCUCGGUUCGAUAUUCUAAUGCUGCUGAUAAAGCAUUUACGAAACGUUGCUAACAAGAGCGACAAGAAUUUGAUGACCGUUGGAAAUUUGGCGGUUUGUUUUGGUCCGACUUUGCUUCGACCCGAAGAAGAGACCGUAGCUUCGAUAAUGGACAUCAAGUUUUACAACAUAGUCGUGGAAAUCCUUAUCGAAAACUGUGAAAGGAUCAGCGCUGGGCCGCCGCAAGAAUUUUCACGACCUAUCGGGCUGUUGCAAAAUCCUAUGUCAACGAAAACGCAUAAUCAUGAGACUGACGAGAUUCAAAGCGCAACAACAGGCAAUGGCAACUCUGCUUUAACGAAAUACUCGUCGCAUUCUGCUUUGCCAGUUACACAUACGCACCUUGUAACGAGAUCUUAUUACGACGGGCCCAUGUCAGUACUUUCCAAAGCAUCAUCCGUGGAAGAUCGAAAGAACGGCGACUUCGAAGAUCUCGAGCAUGUCAGUCUUCGAUUACCGAGGUUUUCAGAGAGUCGUGUCGGCCGUGCUAAAUUAUCGAGCGCCAAUUUCAUGUAUCACACAGCUGACAAAGUUCUCGGGAGUGGAAAUACGAGUAGUUCGAGCGAAUCCGUAGGCUCGGAUUCUCAUCUGUAUUCCGCGGAUUUACCGGUGAAACACAAACGAGGAUCGAUCAUGGGAAUGCAUUGUCCGUCGGGGUACACUCAACGUAGUAAUCCAGCGAUAUCAGUAGUGAAUACAUCACCGAGUAGCGGGCGUUCGAGUCCCGGUCAAAUGCCUGGGAUUUGGAGAGUUCGAACUUUGUACACGUGUCUGGCCGAGAAUGACGGUGAAUUGAGUUUCGAGCCGAACCAAAUAAUAACGAAUGUAAAACCUUCCCUCGAACCGGGAUGGUUGGAGGGCACAUUGAACGGUAAAACUGGCUUAGUUCCGAAGAAUUACGUCGAGCAAUUGCCCUAAACGAGUAAUCGAACCAAAGAGUGCCUAAACGAACCCAAACUCGAUCGUGUAUGAGAAGAUCGAAUAUCGGCAUAUCGUUCACAUUCCGAAAGCACAGCGACGCAUAAAACUUUAAAAACGACACGUACAUUCCGCUAACAUCCCGCUCGUUCUUACAUUAUCAUUAUUAUUGCACUAUUUAUUAUUCCAAUAGCCGCAGAAGAAGAGAAAACGAAAAAAACGUGAUGGGAAGACACAAAAAGCAUAUUAUUUCUACGAGCUACUCUGCAAUUUAACCGCAGCACCACCCAUUUUAUGGGCGAACAAUUUACAUAGUCAAUUAUAUAUUAAUACUUAAUAAAAUAUAUUAUUUAUUAGGAGCCCACUUGCUCAAAAUGAAUCUUUACUUUGUAUAUAAUUAUUCUGGUAGAAAACUUUAUAUAUAUACAUAUUUACAAAUAUAUAUAUAUAAAUAUAUAUAUAUUUAGAUAAUUCUGCAUAAUUAGACGGUGGCAUGACGAAAUAAUAUAUAUAUCUAUUAUUUAAGUACAUUUAUACUAUAAAUAUAUAUGUAUUAUAUAUGUUGGCAAGAUAUCACGAUGGUGAUCGAGAUAUUAUGUGAAUAUAUUGUGCAGUUUGCGUGUAUUAUAAUGGUAGUAUGCGAUAUAUCAAUCACGUCAUGAAAUUGGAUGGGAGUACGUUAUUAUUAUUUCUCAGUUUAAUCAGUGUCUGGAUACAUUUUUAUUUAUCAAAAGUUUUUGUUUUAUAAAUUCGCAAAUCCGAAAGCGAUUCUGGGUAUAUUGAGAAACACGUUAGAAUUUAUUUUUAUAUGAAUAAAGCUUUAGUUUUUUUUUCCGAAAACUGUAUUAGAAAAUGGCAGCAAGAUUCUUUUUGUGGCCUGAUCGCCACACAUCACUGAUAGAUCGCCGUUCACUCAAUUGAAAAUAAUUUGAUAAAAUAUUCGAACGCGUUAUGAAUGAUUAAACUCGAUCCAUCAAAUUGAAAACAUGCGAUAAGUCAACUGAUAAAAUGUAUUGAAGUAGUUUUUUGAAUUGAAGACAAUCUUUUAACCAAGUGAACACCAAUUACUCUAGGAAGAAAUGGCCUUUCUUGCUCAACUGAGUUUUAGCGAGUCAAAGUCGAGCAAAAAUGUGACAUUUAUCAUCCAUGCCAUUUAAUCAUAAGGUUUAGGGGCUUUAUCGAUUCGGUCUCCUCGUUGUCGCGAUGUUUUUCUUAUUUAAAUAUUUUUGAAGCUUUAUGUGCGAAAGUCGAAGGGCGUUACGUUCCGUCGAAUCUGUGGUAUGCACUUUUGUAUAACGUGAGCUUUGUGCACUAGAGAAACGCUGUGAGAAAGAACGAAAAUGAAUUUUGCCAUACGUAUUUGAACAUAUCGAACAUAUUGUACGCGUAAGAGUACGAAUAAAUAAAUAUCAAAGCGAUUUAAA